AUGGGGAAGAGGCAGAGGGACGACAAUGCUUCCCAAGAUCGAAGGCCGAGCAAGAAGCCAGAGAGGAAGUUUCACUCGAAUACUCUUCUCAACAUGUCCCCCGAGCAGAUCUUGCUCGACAUCCGAGACCAGAAGUUGUUGUAUUGGCCGAGUUGCAUGAAGACAAAUGCCAGCCAGCGGGAUAAACGUAAAUACUACCACUUCCAUCGUGACCACGGCCAUAAUACCAGUGACUACGUUGACCCGAUAGAUGAGAUCGAGAUGUUGAUCCGCAAGGGUCAUCUACGUCAAUACGUGAAAGAAGAAAAGCGGACUCGAAAGGAUGACCAACCACAAAAAGUCAAGGAUGAGGCUCCAGAGAUCCGAAUAAUCUUCAGAGGCUCAUAUGGCGGUGGAGACUCAAACAGGGCUCGUAAGGCCCACUCCAUGAGCAUCGAUAUAGAACAAUAUGUUAGUUUAGCCGAAAGGACAAGUAAAGAGCUCCAAAUAAGCCCUUGUAGCCUUACAUUCACCAAGGACGAUGCGCGAGGUAUCCAGCACCCGCAUGAUGAUGUCCUAGUGGUUAUAAUGCAGAUAGAAAAUCGUAAGGUCUACCGCAUCCUGGUGAACACUAGAAGCUCAGACGAUGUCUUCUAUUUGGAAGCAUUCGACAAGAUGGGCAUAGAGCGAUCACGUCUUCGACCCGUGACGACUCCACUACAUGGGUUUGCCGGAGAUAGGGUGAUCUCCAAAGGUGCUAUUUGCCUCCCAAAUAUAGCGAGAGAAGGGCAAAGUCAGGUCACCCAGUUGGUAGACUUUCUAAUGGUUAAUGUGCCAUUAGUACACAACAUCAUCCUCGGACGACCAUCCCUUAAUGCGAUGAGGGCAGUCGUGUCUACCUAUCACUUGAUAAUGAAGUUACGAUCGAAUGAGGGGUCGGAUAUGUUGGAGGAGACCAGUGCGAGGCGAGCAAAUGCUACUCAGUGGUGGUAA